AUGAGUCGUCGAACAAAAGUGGUGAUAGUUGUAUCAGUUAUUUUCAUUGUUGUGAUGUUAUAUAAAGACGACAAGGACGUAACAAUUGCAUCUUCAAGACGAAAUGAAGCCUUACCCGAUUUGGCUGGAACACACAGAUACAGAUUACCUCCAAUAGUGUCUGACAAGUGGAUUGUCGUAACAUCAAUAAAUCCUCCCACGAAGGACAUCAAGGUUGUAUUGCUCUUUGAACAUUGCAAAAAUCUCAAUUAUCUACUCCGAUUUCAGAGAUUAGCAUCGCUGAAAGACUGGAAUCUUGUUGUCGUAGCUGACAGAAAAACACCAAAAAACUGGUAUUAUGAAGAUGUUCAUUUUCUCAGCAGGGAAUUGCAAGAGAAAUUAGGUAAAACAUAA